AUAUUAUUUUAAUAUUUUUAUUCAUACUCUAUUAAAGCAAAUAUUAAAGUUGUUAAUGCACUUCAUUGUUUGAUCAUUACAAGUGUUACAUUUUAAAAUUUUGCAAAUGUACCUUCCUUGUUUUAUAUGUAUAACAUGUUUUUAUUUCAAAAUACGAAGUAUGAAACGUUUGAUCAUGUUUACCAUAAAUUUUGUUCUUUAAUAUUUAGUUUUAAUUUAUAUUUGAUUAUUUAAAUAUUAUUAAAUUUUAUUAAAUUUGAUUUGUUUAUAAUAUUUUUUUAAAGCAUACGAAAUAGUAAAACAUUUUUGAUAAAGAAGAAAAGUUCAAAUUCAGUUUAUAUUUUUUUUAAAUGAAACUGUAUUUUUUUUAAUGAAAAUUCACAUGUAUUAAAACGAUGAAAGUGACAAUGACAAAUUAUUUUUCGAAAAGCUCAAAAAGCCCGAAUAACCCUAUAGUCCUAUAAGGACUGGCCCGGACUUUGAAUUCUAGACCCAAAAUAUUUUUGGACCGGGCCAGACUGGGCUCAAAUAUUUACGGGCUUAGCGGGUCUUGACCGGGUCGGGCCAGCCCGAAUUGAUACCCCUACCUACAUCUCCUAAUUCGAAGUUUUCAUCAUGUAAUUUCACCAUCACUUGGAGAUCAUAUCACUCCUAAUAUGGCUUUAACACGUGAAUUCUAAAAUUCCCAUUUAGUCAUUUAUAGUUGGGUUAGUUUUGCGUACUAGCCAUAAAUCAAAAACAAAUUAAGUGAGUAACUUUGAUUUUGACGUUAUUUAGUGUCAGACAUUUCAUACACAAACUAUCCAGUUUUGCCCCUUACCUUAACAGGUAACCAGUUACAAAUGAUAGUACGUGAUGUGAUGUCUUGCGUUGUGUGUCGUAACGAGAACCACAUAACUAAACACAAAAAAAAAUUAUCAAGAACGGAGGGGAAAUAUUCUUACAGUUUACAUUUUUGACAGUAAAUAAUUUUAAUGGUAACAUUUUUGAACUUCUAUGCUGACAUCGAAGUAUGUACUGCUUACCCAGCCAACCCGAAACUAACAUAAACUAAACUGAAAAAACAGUAUUCGAGUCCAUCUGUAUAGUAUAAAAAUGAAUAAAGCCAUUCUAUACGGAAUAGCCGACAUAUUCUAUUCCAUAUUACAAAAGUUGUUUAAGACACCAACCUCAUCUCAAUCCCUAAGAAAUAAAUCAAAAUUUCACACCACCCCAACCCAAAUAUACUAAACCCUAAAUCCUUAUCAUAACACCCUAAGCUCUGAUAACUAAACAUUAAACCCAAUAAUUAUAACCUGUACACCCAAAUAUAAACACUAACCCCAAAUAGAAUGCAACAAAAUAAAUAGUAUACAAUAUAAUUGGGAAUACUAAACCCUAACCUCUGAUUUGUAAACCAUACACACAUUUUAAAACCGUACACCCAAAUAUGCAACUCUGAAAAUAGUACAUAAAUUUAUAUACCGUUAAAAUAUACAAUAUAGAUCGGUAAUUGUAAUAAUAUACUUUAAAGUGUAAACAAUACAAUAUAGAUCAGUAAUUGUUAAGGGUGACAUUUACAAAUAAGCUUAUGAAGACGUAGAAGUACACAUACCACAUAUUUGAGUUAUUUUAUAAUUUUCUCAUAUUCCAUAUGUUUAGUAUAAAAAAAUGAAGACAUCCAUUCUAUACGGAAUAGCCGACAUAUUAUAUUCCAUAUUACAAAAGUUGUUUAGGACACCAACCAUAUCCCACCCCUAAGAAGGUCCAACUCAUUCAUGACAAAUCUGGAAAAAGAAGUAAAAUGCAAAAUUGCAGGUCAGUGAUGUAUGAUUAAAAAAGAGAAUAUGCGAUGAACAAAGUAAUAGUGAAACAAAGCCAAAGAUAAUAAGUUUUAUGGAACAUAGCAUUGUCCGUCCGAAAUAGUAUGGAAUUAAAUGAAAUAGAAUGGAAAUUCAACUCAAUGAAAUGGAAUGGAAAUGCAACAUAUACUAGUAUGGAACUUCAUUCCCACAUACUACACGGAAUGGUACAUUUACACAACUAUUAAAUAAGAUAUUACAUUUCACACAUAGUUAUUACGCUAUUCCAUGCAACAUAGCAUAGUAGCACAAAUAUAGUUCUACCCUCAUUUGUUCCUUUCGAUUACAAACGCAAAUUUACCCCAAAAUUUGCAGUAAACAUAUGAUUCCAACAAUACAGAGAAGUAAAACCCUCAAUUAAUUCAGGGAACUAUGGCUACCAGAUCCAACAUGCAACUGAACCGAUGAGUUAGAUUUAACAACGUAGAGGCAGAUAGAACUAUGAUAUCCCAGAUAAGGGAAACGAGCAGAGCAAGCAUAGAAUGGAAGACAUAAAACCGAGAACUUACAGUGUUGACACCGCUCUCAGUCGAUUCGCCUCCAUAAAGGAGAAUACGCUCGGCUGCUCCUUCUCGCCGCUUGGACUGUAACGACGCUUGUUCGCAAUCGAUUUCUGAGUCGGCUCGGCUUUUCCCUUUUUACCGGACUUCAAAAGUAGAUAAGUCCAACGGUGGCGACAGUGUAGAUGAAAGCGAUGGGUUCGAUGGGUUCGAAGAGAGUGAGCAAACCGGCGACGAAAUCCUUUCAGUUUCCCAAAAGUUAUCACAUGAAGAUAAAACAAGAGAUGGUGUGAUUCUAAUUUAGCCACGAGUAAUUGUGACAGUUGAUAAUUAGAAAUUUUUUAUAUUUUCUUUUUUGCAGGUUUCGCCGGUUGGCGUGAAGAGAAAAAUAGAAUUAAUACAUAAAAGACAAUAGGUAUAUUGAAAAAUUAGGGUUUUUGGGUAUCCAGUGAAUUAUGGUUUAUUUUGACGUUAUACAGACCAAUUUUCCUUUAUAGUUUUAAUCGGUAGACCAACUUUUUUUUUCUUGAGAAACAUCUCUAGACCAACUUUUUUUUGGUUGAAUAGCAAUACUGUUUUAACAUAUCUAUACCAUUCAACAUCAUUUUAAUUUCGAAAUACACAUUGUUUUUGUGGAACCAUGCAGUGGACUACUGAUUCUUUUUGUUACCUGAUUUAUCCAUAGAUAUUUAAAGUCUAAUACAAAAAAUACACAACAGUCGAUGGAUAUUCGAACCAUCUAUAACACGAUUGAACUCGUGGGGGGAGUAUCUUUAUAGUAAAAGCGAAAAGUGUGUAUGGUUCCGUGUGAUGACAAUUAUAUAGCAGAAAGAAACUGGUCGGUACAGUCACAAACUCUGUUAAAAGUUGUCCGGUCAAAUCUUCUUUGGACCCAAAAAGACACGACACAAAGAGCAGCUUACGGCUCUUAAAACAAUGCACAUGUCUCCAUGUUAUCCUACUCGCUGUCUUAAUUUUUUCAUUUACAUUCUCUAAUCUACAUUUUGUACCCAUUUGAUGGGACAUUCCCUGAAUCUAUGGACUGCGUUCAAAGCACAAAUACUUGGUUCUGUGAACCCUAUGUCUACACCUCUCUUUCUCAUCACCUAUAUAAGUAACACGGAGCUUCGUUGAUGUACAUAGUAUUUUCUGACUGAGUUUGAACAUUAUCUCUAAAACUUCUAUAAUCAUUUUGAUUUUUUUUGUUUUGCAAAUUUGAGGAGAACAUGGAAGGAAGGUCCUAUUCAGAUUGGAAUGAGAGUUCUUCAUCGCUAUUUGGAUCAGAGAAUCUGGAGGAAGAGUUAGAAGUGGUAACUGUGAGAGCUGAAGAGGUUUUCUCUCGGAUUCCUCAACCUCAGACACCAAGCGAGUCAAUGAAGUUUCUGUCCAGAUCAUGGAGUCUAUCCGCUUCUGAAAUCUCCAAAGCUCUAGCUCACAAACAGAGACAACAUCAGAGUCUGCCUACUGUUUCCCAUAACAGUCCUAAUGUCUUCUUCCAAGAUUCUGCUGCAAACCCACUCAUGGCAGGGAAGAUCAUGAACUCAAGUGGCAAACGCAAAUCAGGGAAGUUAUCAAAGUGGUUUCACCAAAAACAACACACCAACCCAAACACCAUGAGGAAUCCGAAGAGGAAAGACAAAGCGCGUGUGGAGAGAGCCUGUGUCCACUCAGCUGUGUCCAUCGCAGCUCUGGCAGCUGGGUUAGCGUCUGUGACAUCCAAUGAAAGCUGCGGUAAAGAGUCAGGCUCCAUGAUGACGCUGGCUCUAGCCUCAGCUACCGAGCUACUAGCUUCACAUUGCAUUGAGAUGGCUGAGCAAGCAGGUGCUGAUCGCGCAUGUGUUGCUGCUGCGGUUAGAUCUUCCAUUGAUAUCCACAGCCCUGGUGAUCUCACCACUCUCACAGCAGCAGCUGCAACUGCUUUGAGAGGAGAAGCGGCUUUGAAAGCGAGACAGCUAAAGGAAGCAAGGAAGAACGCGACAAUCACACCUUGUGAGAGGAGCUUCUCUGACUCUAGCUGGACUGCAAAUUGUCAGUUUAGAUUGGAUGAACCAAAUCUUCCUUUAGAGGGUGAUUUGGUACAAUGUGCACAAAACGGAGCCCAUCGACUUAAGCGAGUUUGUGUCUAUAUCAACAACAAGUCUCAGGUAAUGAUCAAACUCAAAAGCAAACACAUUGGAGGGACAUUCUCCAAGAAGAUCAAAUGCGUUGUUUAUGGAGUCUGCGACGAGAUAUCUGCAUGGCCUUACAGUAAAGAUAAUGAAAACUCAGAAGAUGUCUACUUUGGUCUUAAAACUGGACAGGGUCUUUUGGAGUUCAAGUGCAAGAGUAAGAUUCAGAAGCAGAGAUGGGUUGCUGGGAUUCAGUCUACUCUCCGCCAAGUAACUUGUCUCGAGGCUGACAAAUGCACUCUCGAAUCUUUGAGCCUCAGUGAUCGUAUGCGAUAGAGAAUCAAUCCUGUAAAUAACUUGUUCACAGUUACUGCAAGUGAAUCAGAAAU